AUGGCCACCAGCGGGCUGCUGGAGAUCGGCGAGAGCCUGGUGCUCCAGCAGCGCGGCGUGCGCCUCUAUGACGGCGACGAGAAGGUGAAGCUGGAGGCCGGGGCGCUGCUGCUGAGCACACACCGCCUGCUCUGGCGGGAUCAGAAGAACCACGAAUACUGCAUUGCUAUUCCUCUUUCUCAAAUUGUCUUCAUUGAAGAGCAGGCAGCUGGAAUAGGAAAAAGUGCCAAAAUUGUGGUUCAUCUGCACCCAACUUCUUCAAACAAAGAUCUUGGUCCAUUCCAGAGCAGUAUAUAUUCCUACAUCAAACUUUCCUUCAAAGAACAUGGUCAGAUUGAGUUCUAUAGGCGCUUAUCAGAAGAAAUUACACAACAGAGAUGGGAGAACAUGCCAGUUUCUCAGAGCCUCCAAAUUAGCAAGGGUGCACAGGCAGGAAGAAUAAGAGCUGUAGGAAUUGUAGGCAUUGAAAGGAAAUUAGAAGAAAAGAGAAAAGAGACUGACAAAAAUAUUUCUGAGGCUUUUGAAGACCUCAGUAAACUAAUGGAAAAGGCCAAGGAAAUGGUGGAAUUAUCCAAGUCAAUAGCUAACAAAAUUAAAGAAAAACAAGGUGACAUCACAGAAGAUGAGACUAUCAGGUUUAAAUCCUAUUUAUUGAGCAUGGGUAUAGCUAAUCCAGUCACCAGGGAAACCUAUGGAUCUGGUACACAUUACCAUAUGCAACUGGCAAAACAACUAGCUGGAAUCCUACAGGCACCAUUAGAGGAACGAGGGGGAAUCAUGUCACUUACAGAGGUUUACUGUCUUGUAAAUCGUGCUCGAGGAUUGGAGUUGCUUUCACCUGAAGAUUUAGUAAAUGCGUGUAAGAUGUUAGUGUCAUUGAAAUUACCCAUAAGACUUUGUGUGUUUGACAGUGGUGUGAUGGUAAUUGAACUCCAAUCUCACAAUGAAGAGGAAAUGGUUGCUUCUGCUUUAGAGACAGUAUCUGAAAAGGGUUCUCUCACAGCUGAAGAAUUUGCCAAGCUGGUGGGAAUGUCGGUUCUUUUGGCCAAAGAGAGACUGCUGCUAGCUGAAAAGAUGGGACAUCUUUGCAGAGACGAUUCAGUGGAAGGCUUGCGAUUCUAUCCAAAUCUAUUUAUGACACAAAGCGAAUGAUUUUGUAGUUCAUGCCUAUUUAUCAUGUAAUUGCUAAACACAAGAGAUCAGAGGGAUAAAGCUCUUCAGAUAUUCCUGAUUUUAAGAUUUUGUUUUAUUACUCAAACUGACAGUGGUGCAUAUUGUGAUGUAGAACAGUCCUCAGGUAUUUCAAAUGCUGAAUGAUCCUGUAGGAAUGAAGAAGGGCCCUCCAGAAGGUAACAGGAGCCCCAGAGUCAGAAUCAUGUUACUGUCUCAAAUUGGCUAGCUGUCAUACAUACUUUACUUGAUAUGUGACUUGAUUUUCCAUUUCAAGAAAAGGAAGGAAAUAUCCUCUGUGGUCUGUUUGCAAAGGCAGAUACAGAACACGGAGAACAUUUGAUUUACUGCCUACGUGUUCUCAAAAUUCAGAAAAAGUGAGCUUCUUCUGCAUACACUCCAACUUCAGCACAUAUUGUGUCUCUAUGAUUUCAUGUUAGAUACACAUAUCCAUAGAAAUGAGGAAUGUGAUGCUGGUACAUCCUAAGUUAUACAAAACAAAUAUCUAUGAUCCCUUGUCCUGAAGACUGUAGAAAACAUUUUUAGAGAGUGUCCUAAAUUUGGGAUUAAGAAUCCCAGAGUUCUUUAUACUUAUAAAUAACCUGGGUUAAGAACAACUAACCUAUGAUCUGAAAAUCUAGAAAACAUGGUGUAUACUAUGUUACAAAUUAUGCCAAAUAUACUGACCCAGAACCACAGUGAGUGCAGAUUUCUUCCCUUUCCCUUUUUUUGUCCUUCCCCCUUCAUUUCAUUAUGUUCAUUAUGUUGCUGCUUUUGUGACUUCCCACCCACUCCUUUAGACAGGUUGAGGGUAGUUGGUUUGCCCAUCACUCCAUCCUGUUCGGUGGUAUCAUUAACUGUUUUUCACUUUAAUAAAACGUAAUUCCUUAGAUACAUCCA